CGUCCUGAGGGGUGCAGACAAAGGAGGGGCAGGCGGUUAUAAAGGGUCUUGCGCGCAUUGUCCGGAACCGCGCCAUAUCCGCUGGUCUCACCAUGUCGUCAGGAAACACUAGCACGUCCGUCCAGUUCAACUACCGGCCGUCGAACGAUCUGUUCUUGCGCAAGCUCCCCGCCUCGCGCUCGUUCGACUUUGGCCCGCAGGCGCCCCUCGUCGUCGUCGCGGUCUUCGUCGCGCUGCUGGUCCUCGGCGAGGUAGGCCAGUUCUUGCUCGCGCAGAGGCAGCUCUCCACGGGCCAUAAAGGGAACUACGUGAUUUUGCCGUGGCUGCGGUACUUGGGCACACCGCAAUUCUUCACGAAGGAGUACCGGUACCUUGCUAAGGCGUUGCAACGGUUUCCUGGGUCGUGGUUCAGAUUCAGGGUACGGGAGAAUGACGUCGUCAUAGUCUCCGGGAGCGAGGCGAGACAUGUUUUCUUCAACUGCCAGUCGCUCACCUUCCUUGAGGGUUACUUCCUCCUACACCCAAACAUGAAGUACCUCCUUCCUGAGGCAUACACAGAUGGCAAUGAUGGCUUCGGCUGGCUGCUGAAGCAGUUCGGACGAUCCGACGUGCUUCAACAAUUCCUUACUCCCACCGCCGCCGACGCUCAGAGGCUUGUGUCGCAGCUCGGCACAGAAGGUGUCAUGGACCCGUUCAAGGAUGUGGACACUGCCGUGUUAAGCGUGUCCACGCGCAUCGCAGCGGGCAAUGAGAUCGCCGACGAGCCCGCGAAACUCAACGCUGUACAACGCGCUCUAUCCUGGAUGCAGGAGGGCUCGACUCCGCAUGCACUGAUCCUUCCUUGGAUCCCGACGCCCGCACGAUUCCGUGGCGUACUAGGAGCCUUGAAGCUGCAUCGCAUGUUCAGCGAGGUCUUCCAGAAGCGCAAACGGCAUUCGGCGAGCAACAAGGACGUCCUGCAGAGCCUCGUGAACGAGGAUGUGAGCGCAACGCAGGCUUCCGUUUUGACCAUCAUGACGAUCCUCGCAGCGCAUACAAACACGAGCGCGAUCCUCUCCUGGCUCCUCAUCACCCUCGUACAACACCCGACCUGGCUCGCAGCCGUCCGCGCUGAGGUCGACGCGUUCCUGUCCACGCACCACGUCUCUUCCCCUUCACAGUCGCCCUCCCCAGCUGGCAUACCCUCCCCGCCGGCCUCGCCGUCCGACAUCCCGCUCAUCGCGUGGGAGCGCGCGCUCCCGACGCUCGACCUCUGCCUGCAAGAGUGCCUGAGGCUCUACAUGAACGUCCCACUGAUCCGGCGGAAUACCGGCGAUGACAUUGACGUCGCUGGGCGGACGAUCGCGAGCGGGGACUACGUGAUGUACAUGAUGGAGGAUGCGCACCUUGAUGCAGCGGUGUACCCCGAACCUACGAGGUUCGACCCGCUCCGGGAUCGGAGCAGGGCGGGUAAGUUGGGGUUCGUCGCAUGGGGAGCUGGGACUCAUCCAUGCACUGGACAGCGCCUCGCGAAGCUCAUCAUCAAGGUGUUCGUCGCCGUGCUGCUGUGGAAUUACGAGCUUGAGCUGGUGGAUGCGCAGGGUCAACCACUGAAGAAGGCGCCACAGCCCGUGAUGGGGCUGUUCAGCGUGCCUUGGCCUGACACGGACGUCAAGAUGCGCUACAGGGAGAGAAUACACGGUGCACGCACUCCUUUUAGCAGGUAGAUGCUGUGGGACUUGGUUGUAGGGCGUCCAAUAUUCAAUUGUAUAGAUCGAGGGACGUGACACCUGUAAAUUUGUUGUAUAUAUGUAGACGAUAGAACGGCAUCUUAUCCUGCACCUUAGAUCACAAUGCUAUGCAUCUAAUAGCGAGGGUGUCCUCACACAA